GAAGAAAUAACAUUCUUUUAUUCUGGACGGAAGCAGUCUGAAACGAUAUGCCGAAGAUUUUUAAUUUGACGGAACGUCUGAUUCCUUUGGUACGUUCCCACCCAGAAGUAUGGGAUCAAAGUAAUUCCGGCUAUACGUGCAAGGAUCUGAAACUCUUGGCCUGGCAGGAGAUCGGAGGGAUUCUGGGUAUUUCAGGAACUUUGGCUAAAACCAGAUGGACCAACCUCCGUGAUUUAUUCCGCCGCGAGCUGAAGAAGAUGGUCCGGAUGGCCCACGAGUCCGGCGAUCCGGACGCUUAUCGACCCCGGUGGAAGCCUUUCCGGACGAUGAUGUUCCUGCGUGACCAGAUGCUGAAGGACGAACCUUACGAUGAUUCUUUCACUCUCUAUCCACAGACCAUCCUCGAAGAUGGACAUCAUUUCAGAUUAGGUGAGGAGUUUUAUAUGGACGAGACUUCCACGCAUAGUUCCGAUCCUAAGCAGAUGGAAUUGACAAUUCUUCCAGAACCUUGUCCUCUCAAGCGCCCAAUCGAUCGCGAGGAAGAGAUUCCAAAGCCAGCUAAAAAGCCACCAGGACCUCGCAUCAGUAUGGUUGAGUCUUUACAAGACUCAAUUUGCAAAGACGAAUCUACAUCCACCGACGAGAAUCUGGAAAACUCGUCGUUCUUCGAAGUGGACGAAGAUUACCUCUUCUUGUUGAGUCUUGUACCAUCUGUACGACGAAUCCGAAAAGAGCGAAAGACGCAGUUUAGGAUGAAGUUGCUACAGCUUAUCGCUAACGAAGAACAGUUGGAACUGCCAGAACUUAAUAAGAAAUUUAGAAAUUCUUCAGUACAGGAUAGCGGAAAUUUAACCGAAUUGCAGGGUAGAAAUCUCAAGGAAGAAACUGAAUCACCAAGUAAUAAUCCUGCAGAUGAUAGUUGA